GAUAUUUUAUUCUUCCUGUCAGUCUCCUGAGCUAGAGCAAAGGAUGUGGCUUGGUUAAGAGGCGGGGACUGGGCAUAUGUGUGUGUGUUUUCUCAUUUCCGCUUCCCCUUUUCAAGCUGGCAGCAGCAGUUGAAUGAGGACAGAGAGAAAGGCACAAUAUACAAUAUGAUACCUUCUCACUGCCUUCAACUUUAUCCCUAUACCUGGGAAGGGGCUUGGCUCAGCUGUGAGAACCACCUCUCCUCAAACUUGGCUCCCUCCCAGUGGACAGGACAUCAUCACUGUGGCAGGAGGCCCUGAAGUCCGAGCCAGGGCCAUGGAGGGCUCUGUGCUCAGCCCCACAUCCUGGGAGAAACGGCGGGCCUGGCUCCGUCAGAGCCGUCACUGGCAGACCCAGGUCCUGGAAGAGGAGGCUGCAGCUGCCCUGCAGGAUGUCUCAGAAGCUGAGCCUUCCAGUCUGGAUAAUGUUUUCCAGGAAGGGAAUCCCAUCAAUAAGAUUGAAGACUGGCUGCAGGAUUGUGGGUACUCUGAAGAAGGGUUUUCUGAGGAAGGAGGACAGUUGAUCUACAAUGGGUGCCCCAGCCAUGGGACCAGCUUUGAGGAUGACUUGACCCUGGGAGCAGAGGCCACACUGCUGGCCGCCAAUGGCAAACCCUUCUCCAGGAGUUUCCUGGAGACAGCCCGGCCUUGCCAACUACUCGAUCUUGGCUGCAGUUUGGCCUCCAGCAGCAUGACUGGUGGAACCAAUAAGACUAGUUCCAGCAUCUCAGAGAUUCUGGACAAGGUACAAGAAGAUGCAGAAGAUGUCCUCUUCAGUCUGGGUUUUGGUCACGAGGACCACAAAGACACUUCUCGGAUCCCAGCCCGAUUUUUCACCACCCCCUCGAAGGCCAAGGGCAUUGAUUUCCAGCUCUUCCUGAAGGCCCAGGUGCAGAGGAUUGAGAUGGAGGACCCCUGCCUAAUGCUGGCCAGCAGGUUUAAGCAAGUGCAAACACUGGCUGUCACUGCCGAUGCCUUCUUCUGUCUCUACUCUUAUGUAUCCAAGACACCUGUCCAAAAGUUCACACCAUCCAACAUGUUCUGGAAUUACAACCCAACUGAUGUGCCAUUUAUUAGGAUUAUGGCCCCAGACCCUGAACCCCACUCACCCAGAGAACGUCUCCGGAAAGCCAUCUCCAAGAUGUGCCUGUACACAUGCCCCAAAGAUAGGCUAUCACCACCUCACAAUUCCCCCAGAAGGAACAGUUUGGACCAAGUGGUGUGGGAAGUGAUGGACAGAGUGAGAGGAGAGAAGCUGGUACUUCAGGAAGACCCUGAGUUUGGGCCAGGCCCACAGAAAGAGCCUGUGCCCUUCAUCAGGGAUACAAAGCUGCCCACAGUGCUCACAGCAUCACAAACUCUGGAUUCUAACCUUGAGGCAUCAUGUUACACACAUUCUCUGCCCAGAGCAUAUCUAGAGUGGAGUAGAGACCCUGAACAGGUAAGGAAAGAGCUAUGGGGUCUACAGACCACCAAUGAGGAGGUCCAUUCAGCCAAGGAUGAAACUUUCUGGAAAAGAAAGAACAAAGCAAGAAAGAGCCUGUUUCAGAAGAAUCUCAUGGUCAGGGAUGACAGGAAAGUGAAGUCAUUGGACCUGUCCAUCAUUCAGCAGAAAUGGAGGCAGAGCCCAGACACACCAGACCUUCACCGAUCUCUAACCCAGCAAUUGCAGGACUCUUUCGACCUGGAGGAGGUGCAAAGCAACAAUGAGGAAGAGGAGAGCCACUGGCCCAGCAAACCCAGAUACCCCCACCUCUACCAAAUAUCUGCUGGCAAAGACUCAAGAAGUAAGUGGGACCCUCUCUAGCAUAACCAGUAAACCAGUUGCCCUCAAGUCAAUACCAACUCAUGGCAACCCCACGUGGGUCAGAGUAGAACUGUCCUCCAUAGGGUUUUCAAAGGCUGAUUU